AUGGACAAUGCCGAGGUCCAAAUCAUCUACGACCAGAUGCGUGAGUAUAGUCAGCAAGAGACAGUGAUUGGUCUGAAUAGGACGAUUCCCUUCAAACAGGGCCUCAGACCACAGAAGUCCCGCCGGCUCUGCGGUCAAUGUUCGAAACAUCAGGCCACUAGGAUGACGAAUAUGGCAGGUGAGAUACCAUACACUGCAUGGUUGUGUCGUACGUGUUUUGAAUACCAGGCGAGGACCGGAGACGCACCCCCGGAGAGCGUUUACAAUGACCCCUUGCGCAGGAAUAUUGUCUUCGUAUACCGUCCGAAGAAGCUUGUUGAGAAUCCCCGGUUUAACCGGAACAAGGUGGAGUUGGUAUGUAGCCUCUGUGAAAACACCGUAUCGCGGGGCUGGCACAAACAUCCGAGCGAUACUACCAAGACAAUUUGCGACACCUGCUAUAAGGAGGCUCAUAAGCAGAGUACGGUCAUUAUGAGACACUUGAACAUUGCCACAAGAAAGGCGGCCUGCAAAGAGAUCGAUGGUCUCGCAUUAACGGAGACGUUGACACCAAAGGGGUUGGUUCCCAAGGAUCCCAAGAAGAGGAUCUGUGGAAGCUGUGGCCGUGUCAACCACACCAAUGGCUUUUUGACUCACCCAGAACAUGGCCUUAUAUGCAACACAUGUCUUAUCAGGGAGCGUAACGACAAGGUCCGUGGGACAAAAACUGUGCAACGAUCCCAGAAGUCACUGGAAAAGCAAAAAGACAGUACCGAGUGCUUUCACUGCAAGAAGCAGUUUUCGAAGACCGUUCGGAAGUCCUGGUGGAAAGGACUAGAAGAGUUCUUAUGCAAAAGCUGUCAUGACUCGGUUCGAUUGCGCCGACGGCUGCCAGUAUUGCCAGAACAGAUUCGAGACUUGAUCGUCGAGUGCGAUGGGUGCAAAACCAAAUAUAGUCGAAGCUGGCACAUCAGGGAUGUCGAUAACAAAGGCAGUCUAUAUUGUGCUCCGUGCUAUAUCUGUGUCCGCGUCAACAAAACGCCAAGUGCACAGCGUCGAUGCGAGUCCAACGAAGGCCCGGAAUCAAAAACGUAUUAUGAGGCCGUCUGCAGCGGCGAUAAUCACCCUGUGGGUGACAAUCAGACGGUCGGUGCCAAUCAGACUGUCGGUGAAAGCGAGGGAGACUGA